UGCGGACAAGCACCUCCUGACCCAGCGUGGCCCCAGUGCACAGCUGCAGAAAGGAGAAAAUCCACUGGCUCCAAAAUGAGAUCCGGAGAGCCGAAGACAAGCCUCAAGAACGCCUACCCAUCUGCCAAGAGACUGCUGCCAAAGGCGGAGGAGGCGGAGGACUACUGUACCCCCGGAGCCUUUGAGCUGGAGCGCCUCUUCUGGAAGGGCAGCCCCCAGUACACCCACGUCAACGAGGUCUGGCCCCAGCUAUACGUCGGGGAUGAGGCGACGGCGCUGGACCGCUAUGGGCUGCAGAAGGCGGGCUUCACGCACGUGCUGAACGCUGCCCACGGCCGCCGGAACGUGGACACGGGACCCGACUACUACCGGGGCAUGGCCAUUGAGUAUCACGGAGUGGAGGCCGACGACCUGCCCACCUUCGACCUCAGCAUCUUCUUCUAUUCAGCGGCCGCUUUCAUCGAUGCUGGGCUCCGCUCGGAUCACAGUAAGGUCCUGGUCCACUGCGCCAUGGGCCGCAGCCGGUCGGCCACCCUGGUCCUGGCCUACCUGAUGAUCCACAGGAGCAUGACGCUGGUGGAGGCCAUUCAACAAGUGGCAAAGAACCGUUGCGUCCUACCCAACCGGGGUUUUCUGAAGCAGCUGCGGGAACUGGACAAGCAGCUGGUGCAGCAGAGGCGACAGGCCCGGCCCAGCGACGACGGUGAGAAGGUCAGCGAGGAGGAGUUGUAG